UGCUCUGGGGCCGCAGUUCCAGCCAUGAAGAUGCACUUUUGUAUCCCGGUGUCCCAGCAGCGGCCGGACACGCUUGGGGGCCGCUACGUGUUGUACUCCGUGUACCUGGACGGGUUCCUCUUCUGCAGGGUGCGCUACAGCCAGCUUCAUCGUUGGAACGAACAGCUGAGGCGUGUCUUUGGAAACUGCCUGCCGCCCUUUCCUCCGAAGUACUAUCUGGCAAUGACUACAUCUAUGGCUGAUGAGAGGAGGGACCAGCUGGAACAAUAUUUACAAAAUGUGACCAUGGACCCAAACGUGUGGAGAAGUGAUGUCUUCACUGAGUUUUUAAAGCUGGUACAGCUGAACACAUUUAACAUCACCGCCAAGAAAGCUGCUCUGGAUGUCUUUCUACCAGAUGGGAGGAGUAUUCAAGUCACAGUUCUAACAUCCGAUACUGCUGAAAGAGUCCUAGAGGUGGUAUCACACAAGAUUGGGCUGCGUCAUGAGCUCUUGGGCUACUUUGGCCUCUUUCUCAUGCAGUUCGGUGAGGAGGGCAAGCUCUCUGUUGUGAAAAAAUUGGUGGACUUUGAACUCCCUUAUGUUAGCCUUCGAAGUUCUGAAGUGGAAAACUGUAAGGUCGGUCUCAGAAAGUGGUACCUGGAUCCAUCCCUUGACUCCAUGCUGAUGGACUGCAGAGCGGCCGUGGAUUUGCUCUACAUGCAGGCAAUACAGGACAUUGAAGAAGAAUGGGCCAAACCCACAGAGGCACAGAGGCAGAAAUUAGAGGCAUUCCAGAAGGAAGAUAAUCAAACAAAGUUUUUAGAGCUGUCCCAGGAGGUCGGACACUACGGAUACCUGCAGCUGGAUCCCUGCACCUGCGACUUCCCGGAACCGGGCUGUGGAGUGGUUCUUUCUGUUGGCAACAACGAAAUCAGCUGUCACAUAACCCUGCCUGACAACCAGACCCAGGACAUCAUUUUCCAGAUGAACAGGGUGAAGUGCUGGCAGGUCACUUUCCUUGGGACUCUGCUGGAUAUGGAUGGGCUCCAGCGAACACUCAACCAGAACUUAGAGCUCAGAUUUCAGUACAGUGAGGAUCGUAGCUGGCAGUGGUUUGUUAUUUACACCAAACAGGCUUUUUUGCUAAGUAGCUGCUUGAAAAAAAUGAUCUCAGAAAAGAUGGUAAAACUAGCUGCCAAGGACCCAGAAAUGCAGAUUGAAGUUCCAGAACAGGGGAAAAGUAUAAAAUGCCACGUUCCACAAAGCCAGAAAUACUAUUCUAGCUUUCUACCAAGAAAAAGCAAGAUUGAGACAGCUGAAGGUAACUGUGUUUUUGGGACCAUAAAGGAAGAAGAUCUUUGAAGAGAAGUCUCACAUUUUAAAAUGUUCUCUGAGGCUAUCUCAAGAUGGCGCAAGAGCUUGAGCUUUAAAGGUGGACUCCCUACCAUCAAUGAAAGAAGUUUGACCUCUUUUCCUCCCC